AGUUAUAGAAAGUGGUAGAUGCUGAUGCUGAUGAACAUUGUUUUUACAGGAUAGGAGGAGAGAGAGUACUGCUGCUGUCCACCUCCUCCUGGGCUGUGAUGACAGCUAUUACUCCACUUCUGGCCAACAUUGGACUCCAACCUCUUGUUACCAUGACAGUGACCAGGUUUCUACUGGGGGUAAUGCAGGGUGUUCACUACCCUUCUCUUGUCAGUAUCUGUGCUCAGCGUGUGGUGGAGGGAGAGAGAGGUUUUUUGAUGAGCACACUGGCCUGUGGGUGUUACCUAGGGAUGCUGCUGGUUGGAGGUGUGGGUUCCCUGAUGAUGGACUGGUUUGGAUGGGGGAGUGUGUUUUAUGGAGCUGGUCUCCUUGCUGUUUGCUGGACCUGUUGUGUAAGGAAAUGUCUUCUUCAAGGUCCAGUUUUCUCCCUCUACUCACCGUGGAGCAGUAGUUCUGCUUCUGAAUCUUCUAGAAUCAAUUGGCUGUAUCUCCUCAGAGAGCCUAGUGUCUGGGCUAUGAUCAUUGCUCAUCUCUGCUUUAGUAGCACGCAUUACACCCUCAUAUCAUGGUUACCAACAUUCUUCAAAGACAUGUUUCCUCAUGCCAAGGAUUGGGUGUUUAAUGUGAUGCCCUGGUUUGUGGCAUUGCCCACUUCACUUUUUGGAGGCUCUAUCUCUGAUCAUCUCAUUAGGCAAGGCUGCGGGACAGCAUCUGUAAGGAAACUGAUGCAGUUCUUGGCAAUGGGAGUAGCCAGUGUGUUCAUCUUACUUCUCUGUAAGACGGACAGCUUUAUCUAUGCGGUUGCUUGUGUCUCUCUGGCUGUUGGGCUGUCCACAUUUAAUAAUAGUGGGGUGUCUGUGAAUGUGCAUGACCAGGCACCAUCAUGUGCAGGAGCCUUGUUUGGGGUUAUGAACACAUGUUCUGCUUUUACUGGUUUGCUGUUGGUGUACUUGUCUGGCUACAUGAUUGAGAUCACAGGCUCCUGGGUGAAUGUGUUCUCAAUCCUGGCUCUGGUGAACGUCACUGGUGUCACCGUAUUCAUAGCUCUGGGUGAAGCAAAGCGAGUUGAUCAGUCUCAGAUCAUCUCAACAUCAUGUUGAAAACAAAUUCUUCCUUUCAGAGACAUAUUGGGGUUUCUUUAUUUGUCAUUUGUAACAAAUGGAUUGAAACUCCUCAACCUCAUUAAUUUAAAUGUGUAUUAGCAGGGCUGGUUGAAAUUAUGCAAUGAAACAUGUUUUAUGUUUUGUAUAACAAUUAUUUAUCUAAAAUGUGAAGUAUAUGCAACAGCAGGGCAAUUGUCAUUCCACUAAUAUGAUUAGAAUUAUUAAACGGUCUCAGUCUUAAGUGA